CCGCCCUGCGCCCUGCGGAUGCAGUCGCAGGAAGUGGAGGGCCUGGCCGGAGCGCGCCGGUCGGUGAUCGGGGACAGCCCGCAGCUGCUGACGCACUACUACGAUGACGCCAGGACCAUGUACGAGGUCUUCAGGAGGGGAUUCAGCAUCUCCGAAAAUGGCCCCUGCCUGGGGUUCAGGAAGCCCAAGCAGCCGUACCAGUGGCUGUCCUACAAGGAGGUGGCUGAAAGAGCAGAAGCUCUGGGUUCAGGGCUUCUUCAGCAGGGCUGCAAGCCAUCCACAAAGCAGUUCAUUGGGGUCUUUGCUCAAAACCGUCCAGAGUGGAUCAUUUCUGAGCUUGCUUGCUACACCUACUCCAUGGUGGUGGUUCCCCUCUACGACACCUUAGGUCCUGGAGCCAUUCGUUACAUCAUCAACACAGCUGACAUUUCCACAGUCAUUUGUGACAAACCUGAAAAAGCCAGAAUACUCCUCGACCACGUGGAGAAGAGAGAAACACCAGGUCUGAUCAACAUCAUCCUGAUGGACCCAUUCGAGAAGGAGCUGAGGGAGAGAGGGAGUCGCUGUGGGGUUCGCAUCCAGACCAUGCAGGAGGUGGAGGACUGUGGCCGUGAGAGUCGACAUGUGCCCGUGCCUCCUCGACCAGAAGAUCUAUCAAUUGUCUGUUUCACUAGUGGCACAACAGGAAACCCCAAAGGUGCUAUGCUGACUCAUGGGAACGUGGUUGCUGAUUUUUCAGGCUUUUUGAAAGUGACGGAGAGUCAGUGGUCUCCUACUUGUGAGGAUGUACACAUUUCCUAUUUGCCUUUAGCACACAUGUUUGAGAGAAUGGUACAGUCUGUCGUAUACUGCCACGGAGGGCGAAUUGGGUUCUUUCAAGGAGAUAUUCGUCUCUUAUCUGAAGAUAUGAAAGCGUUGCGUCCAACCAUCUUCCCCGUCGUGCCGCGGCUGUUAAACAGGAUGUAUGACAAGAUCUUCAGCCAGGCAGACACGUCCCUCAAGCGCUGGAUUCUGGAAUUUGCUGCGAAACGGAAAAAGGCUGAAGUUCGAAACGGGAUCAUUAGAAAUGACAGCUUAUGGGAUAAACUUUUCUUUAACAAAAUACAG